GCGAGCGAGUCGGAGCGAGUUGCGGCAGCGAGGGCUGUGCCCAGCUGCGUCAAGCUGACGGCCGCGCAGCUGUCCACCGUGCCCGAGCCGCCGGCCACGGUCCCGGCGAGCCGGAAGCAGAGGGGCGAGCAGAAGCAACGAUCAGAGCCGUCGGGCGGCCUGCAGGGCGGCAUCUGGGCGGCCUUCGGCCAGCCGUCGGGUGGGCUGAAAGGCGGCACGGAGGGGCGAGUUCCGCACCGGCCCGAGUAG